AUGGCUUCCAAAUGCAUCAAGUCCAGCUUCUCCUCGGCAUCUCUCAAGAGCCCAGGAGGGGCCCCUGGGGGGUCCACUUGCGUGUCCACAAUGUACUCCAGUGGCUCGUGCAAGCUCCCGAGUCCCUCCCGCAGGACCCGCAGCUUCUCUGCAUGUUCAACUGGGCUGGGCAGAAGCAGCUGCAGGGCCACCAGCUUCCUCCCUGCUCUCUGCCUCUCUCCUGGGGGCUUUGCCACUGGCUACAGCAUGGGUGGGGGCUGGUUUGGGGAGGGCAUCCUCACCAGCAACGAGAAGGAGACCAUGCAGUUCCUGAACGACCGCCUGGCCAACUACCUGGAGAAGGUGCGGCAGCUGGAGCGGGAGAACACAGAGCUGGAGAGCCGCAUCCGUGAGUGGUGCCAGCAGCAGGUGCCCUACAUGUGUCCCAACUACCAGUCCUACUUCCAGACCAUUGAGGAGCUCCGGAAGAAGACUCUGUGCACCAAGGCUGAGAAUGCCAGGCUGGUGGUGCAGAUCGACAAUGCCAAGUUGGCUGCCGAUGACUUCAGAACUAAGUACGAGAUGGAGCUGUCCAUGCGGCAGCUGGUGGAGGCCGACAUCAACGGGCUGCGCAGGAUCCUGGACGACCUGACCCUGUGCAAGUCUGACCUGGAGGCCCAGGUGGAGUCCCUGAAGGAGGAGCUGCUGUGCCUCAAGAAGACCCAUGAGGAGGAAGUGAACUCGCUGAGCUGCCAGCUUGGGGACAGGCUCAACGUGGAGGUGGAUGCUGCCCCACCUGUUGACCUGAACCGUGUUCUGGAUGAGAUGAGGUGCCAGUACGAGACCCUGGUGGAGAAUAACCGCCGGGAUGCUGAAGACUGGUUCAACACCCAGACGGAGGAGCUGAGCCAGCAGGUGGUGUCCAGCUCGGAGCAGCUGCAGUCGUACCAGGCGGAGAUCAUCGAGCUGAGACGCACGGUCAACGCCCUGGAGAUCGAGCUGCAGGCCCAGCACAGCUUGAGAGAUGCUUUGGAAUCCACUCUGGCUGAGACGGAGGCCCGCUACAGCUCCCAGCUGGCCCAGCUGCAGGGCCUGAUCAGCAACGUGGAGUCCAAGCUUGGGGAGAUCCGCUGUGACCUGGAGCGGCAGAACCAGGAGUACCAGGUGCUGCUGGACGUCCGUGCCCGGCUGGAGUGCGAGAUCAACACGUACCGGAGCCUGCUGGAGAGCGAGGACUGCAAGCUCCCCUGUCACCCGUGUGCUCCCGACUACUCACCCUCCAAGUCGUGCCUUCCCUGUCCUCCUGUGGCCUCCUGCAGUCCUGGCACAGCUCGCACAACCUGCAGCCCCCGCGCCAUUUGUGUGCCCUGCCCGGGGAGCCGGUUCUGAACAUGGCUGACCAGAAGGCCAAGGCCACUGUCUCCAGGGCUUGGACCUGUCCUCUACUCAACCCCAGCCCUUAAAGCCCAAUUUCCUCUCCUGGCAGAGCCCAGGGCCUGGCCGUGAGAGUGCUUCCCGCAUAUGCAUGCCUUAAAGUUUCUCAAAAGUCAGUCACUAAGGCUGGCUGCCCCUGAGGGGCAACUUCUUAUCAUUUCAAUGGGUGCUGGGGUCUUGGUUCUCAGGCUGCCUCUUGGGGUCAGGUUUUCCUUCUGGGUGCUUUUCAGUUGGUUCUGAAAUGCAAUAGAGGGCAAUUGGUGGAACAAUAAAACUCAUUUGCU